GUAUUACACUGAAAGUGAACUCGCCAGUAUAUAAACCCCAGCAGAGAGGGCAAACUUUGAAGAUACAACCAUGAUGAAGCUUGUGGUCCUGGCUGUUCUGUUUGUUGGAGCCUACGGAUGUGGGCUGCCCACCUACCCUCCCGUUAUUUCUAGGGUUGUGGGAGGUGUGGAUGUCCGUCCACACAGCUGGCCCUGGCAGGUCUCCCUCCAGUACCAGAGUGGCAGCAGCUGGUACCACACUUGCGGUGGAAGUCUUAUUUCCAGUGAGUGGGUUCUGACUGCUGCUCACUGCAUCGGUAGCAGGACUUACAGGGUGUAUCUGGGAAAACAUAACCUGCAGACGGAGGAGAAUGGAUCCCAGGCCAUCGGCACUAGCAAGAUCAUUGUCCACGAGAACUGGAAUUCCUUCACUAUCCGUAAUGACAUCGCCCUGAUUAAACUGGCGACUCCUGUCACUGUAAGUGACACUAUCACUCCUACUUGUCUGCCUACUAAUGGGGAUGUUCUGCCUCACAAUGCUCCCUGCUACGUCACUGGUUGGGGACGUCUUUACACCAAUGGACCCCUUGCUGAUAACCUGCAGCAGGCUCUCCUGCCCGUCGUGGAUUACGCCACCUGCUCUCAGUCUGACUGGUGGGGCUCUCAGGUCACACAAAACAUGGUCUGCGCUGGUGGAGAUGGUGUUGUUGCUGGAUGUAAUGGCGACUCUGGUGGCCCCCUGAACUGUGCUGGUAACGGCGGCGCUUGGGAGGUCCACGGUAUUGUGAGCUUCGGUUCUGGUCUGAGCUGCAAUUAUAGCAAGAAGCCCACCGUUUUCACUCGCGUCAGCGCCUACAUUGAUUGGAUCAGCAAGGUAAGUGUUUUAUAUUAGCAGACGCACUGUAAUAACAUGCAGAUGAAGCUUCAUGGCUUUUUAGACAGUUUUUGUCAUCAUGGAAACUAUUGUAAUACAAUUUCUUAUCUUUUACAGAACAUGGUCGCCUAAUAAAGAAAAAUGGGUUUUGUACCAUCAAUGCAUUGAACAAUAAAAAUACUACACAUAAAAAAUAAAGGUGUAAAGUACU